GUUCACCCGAUGGCCAGAAGUAAUUCCAAUGACGGACAUGACGGCGGAGACGGUGGCGAAAACCUUUUACGCAACCUGGGUUGCGCGGUUUGGUUGCCCCCACCGUAUUACAACUGACCAAGGCCGGCAGUUCGAGGCCACACUGAUGUCUGCCCUCACAGACCUUUUGGGCACUAAACGUUGCCGAACCACGCCAUACCGACCACAGUGCAACGGGAUGAUCGAGAGGUGGCACAGAACGAUCAAAGCCGCCAUCAUGUGCCACGAGACCAGUGACUGGUACGACAUCCUCCCUACGGUGCUGUUAGGUUUAAGGACAACAAUCAAGGAUGACCUUCAGUGUUCCCCAGCCGAGCUGACUUACGGCACGCAACUACGAAUCCCGGGGGAAUUUUUCUUCGCAAACGACGAGCCAGAAGUCGACCCCAGCAAUUUCGUCGACAAGUUGAGGCUCCACAUGCGCAACGUCCGACCAAGACCAGCAACCCACCAUGGCCACCACAAGACUUUUGUCCACCCAGAGCUGUCUGACUGUUCCCACAUCUUCCUCAGAGAUGAUUCAGUCAGGAAGCCGCUACAACCACCAUACACCGGACCACACCACGUAUUACGACGUACAGACAAGAGUCCUGCACUCCGCCUCAUGUGCAGCCCCCAACGCAACAGGUCCCGACAACACCUGCGUCGACGAGCACCACCACAAGGUCAGGAAGAACAGCCAGGCCACCAGUGAAAUUCCGCGACUACGAAACGUAGUCACUGGGAGGGGACUACUGUGGCCGCCUGGAAGUAUGCAACCAGUUAUACACACAGAAUGCAGCCACCGGAUUGGCAGUUACAACGCGCAAGCCCAAAGAGGAAACGCCAUAGCCGAAACGUAGAGCAAAAAAAAACUCUCUUCUUCUCCGACCACUCACCGUGUCCAGACGUCCUCUUCUCUUCAAGACCUCCACGUGUACAUACACUUACAAC